AUGAAGCUCUCCAUCGUCUCCGCCCUCCUCUUCGCCGCCAGCACCCAGGCAUGCGCCCUCUACCAGCUCUGCCACUGCACCCACGCCGACGGCACCCCCGACAACGACGCGACGAUGACGGCGUGCAUGGAGCAGAGCGAGCCGCACAAGGAGCUCGUCGGCACGGGCGGGUUCCAGGAGUGCCACUUCACCGGCGAGGCGCAGUCCGGCUUCCUGCGCUUCGAGGAGAACGGGCUCAGCAACUGCAAGUUCCGCGAGGCCUGCACGGCGGCGGGCGCGGGCGGCGAGGACUCGAACUGCAGCGGCAAGAUGCACUAG